AUGACCGACUUUCAACAAGCCCACAAAAGAAAGCGAUCCCAAUCCCCUCCACCUUGGCGACGGCGUGACGACAACAGACAAUAUCGAGAACGGGAUGCUGGAGGCAGGCGAGACCAUGGCCAGCCUCAACGAUGGUCCCAUAAGGACCAAAUGAGAAUCAACCAGAUGCAGGAAGACGAGCGCAUGAGAGAGUGGGUUGCGCAAGAGGAUGAUUUCGUUCUCAAGCAGGCUAAGAAGAAGGCAGACAUCCGAGUCAAGGAAGGGCGAGCGAAACCCAUCGACUGGUUGGCAGUAACCCUCCGUGUUGUCGACCCUACCCGAAAUCCCUUGGAUGACGAGGUCGAUGAGAAAGAUUUGGAUUUUGUCGACCCAGACAGCGUGUUUGAUGGGCUCUCGGAAAGCCAGCUUUUCGACCUGCGCAAGGAUAUUGAGACCUACAUGAACCUGGAGAAGAACAGGAAAAACAGGGACUAUUGGCAGACCAUGCAAAUCAUUUGCAAGGAUAGGCAGAAAAAGCUACGCGCAUCAGGUCCCGAAGGAAGGGCAAUGAGCUCUGUGGCAUCGGACAUUGACAAGCUCUUGAGCCCCAAGUCCUACGAGCAGCUGGAUGUGUUGGAAGGACAAAUAAGAACUAAGCUGGAUUCGGACGAACCUAUCGACACGGACUACUGGCAGCAGUUGCUGGAUAGCUUGCUGGUUUGGAAGGCAAAAGCGAAGCUCAAGAAGGUCACUCAGGAUGUUCUCGAAUCGCGGCUGAAGAACCUGAGACAGGAAAAUGAGCAGAAAGCACUCUUCGCACAGCAACAGCUUCGGAAUGCCGGAGUGGAGCACGCAGCUACCGUCCCAUACUCAAAGAAAUCGGAUCCAGACCCGUUACUGGAGAUUCCGACUAAAGACAAAGGCCUGGAGGUGGUGGAUGAGAGCGCAUUUCUACAAAGUGUUGCAGCAAGCAGACGGAAAGUCCUACACAUGGGUUACGUCCCAGCACCGAAAGCGGGUGCCGCUCCGACUCCCACGGUCUCGACUUCAAUUCAGUCGCGUCCAUCAGCGCAGCAAUCCAAAGCCAUCGAUCCCACCAGCCGAUUUGACCGCUCGACAGAGGAUAUCUCCUCGACAACAAAAGCCCUCUUCGACCGAGAAGUUGCCAAAGGCUUCAGUGAAAACGAAGAAAUCUUUGCUGGCGAGGAUGAGACCUCGUCCGAGUCCCAGCCGCUCUGGAUGCAGCAAUAUGGAGGCAAAUACCGUCCGCGUAAACCGAAAUACUUCAACCGCGUCCAGAUGGGUUACGAAUGGAACAAGUACAACCAGACUCACUACGACCACGACAACCCUCCACCAAAAGUUGUCCAGGGUUACAAGUUUCACAUCUUCUAUCCUGAUCUCAUCGAUCCCACAAGGGCACCCACGUAUAAGAUCAUCCGUGAAGGAGGCAGAAAGAAGGGUCAAACGAUGGCUCCAGCGGGCGAAGAAGAUACCUGCAUCAUCAGAUUCAUGAGCGGACCGCCAUACGAGGACAUAGCGUUUAGGAUCGUGGACCGGGAUUGGGAUUAUAGUGCCAAGCACGACAGGGGGUUCAAGAGCACAUUCGAGAAAGGGGUGUUGACAUUGCAUUUCACGUUUAAGAGGGUGGUAUAUCGGAAGUGA